AAUUUUUUAUAUAUUUCGGGACAUGGGACGCAGAGUCUCAUAAGGUAAUAAUAGAAUAAGUACUACGGUAAAAGAGAAUAAGUACUUACCAGCGUGACGCGGUGUGGCGCGCAUAACGUGAUCAAGGCAGCACAAUCGAUUUAGUGAUAGCGACUCUGUCUACUAUAGGUUUUCCUAACCUCAAAGUAACGUAUGAGCUGUACGCGUAACAAAAAAAUUAGAGUAUUAAAAUCAAACACUGGAGUAAGGAGAUGGGCGAUGCCGAACUUCAAGAAGAAGAAAGAGAAGUACUUCUUUCGAUAUAUGAAGGAGAUUCAGCUUUUAAACAGUUGACACCUACCACGUUUCAAUACAAGUAUGGAGAGGACAAUGAUAUGAAAUCAUUUCUAUUGGAAAUUUCUUGGGGCACGACAUAUCCAUCAGAGAGGCCUACCAUUAACAUGAACACAUUUUAUAAUAAGCACAUUGUGCAAGAAGUAAAAGACAAGGUGCUGCAGCAUUUGGAAGCAGAGGCGGAUCAAUGGCUAGGAAGUGCUAUGACUUAUACGUUAUUUCAGUAUGUACAAGAACAUUAUACUGAGUUGAUCUCAGCACAACCAGACUCUGUAGUUGACUUAAACUUACAAACCAACCAGCUUAAGAUAACAGAUGAAAAUCAACAGUUGGAAGAAACAACAAAAAAGCCAAAGAAGGAACAUUUAACUAAAGCUCAGAAGCGUAGACAGUGGAAUAAAGCAGAUGGAAAAGGAGAAAGGCCACGAGGAUGGGACUGGGUGGAUAUAGUAAAACAUUUAUCACAGACUGGCCCUAAACAGGAACAAGAGUCUUAGUUCAACUUCAUUGAAAUAUUUGUACAGACCUUUUGUACCUGAUGCUGUGUGAGCGCUGCCCUUGUUGCCCCACCAGCAACACCAACAAUCGAUUUCAUCGCUGUUGAAAUGCACAAUAUUCCAAGUGAAUAGGAAGAAAAAUAGGGUAAGAAUAAUUCUAAUCCCAUUGCUAAAUCAUUAAGAAUAUCAGCAAAAAGCCUCCAUUUUUUACAUUGUCCAUCUAAAUCUGUCCUAAUGAAUGAAAGAUAAUUGCUGCUUUUGUAGAGAUUAAUUAGAAGUAUUGUAUUCCUA